ACUCGAAUUCGGCCAAAUCCAAUUCAAAACUUCCCAAAUUUUGAUGGGUCGAAUACCCACGACAAACCCGCCCGAUUAACGUUUAGUGUUUACACACACACUCCAUGGCUAAAAAUUUCCCCAAAAAAUCCGUCUAUGGAGGGUCCUUUCCUAUUUCCCUCUCUAGGGUUUUAAACAGGGUUUUUGAAUUUAUAGAACCCCCAAAUCUAACACAAUCAUAGAAGAAGCACACCAAAUAACAAGGCUAGACUUACAACAAAAAUUUUGAAUCAGAAUCGCAGAUGUCUUUUUCUCCAUUUUCAACUCCACAGCAGCAACCACAGUCACUGUUUCAGUCUCAGCCGCAGCCCUUCCAACAAAGCAGCUUCCUUUUCCCGCAACAGCAACAGCAACAGCAACAGCAGCUAUUCCCUCAACCGUUUCAGCAGCAACAACGACUGCAACCGCAGCCGCAACCGCAACAGCAGCAGCAGCAGCAAUUGUAUCUUUUCACCAGUGACAAGGCUCCUGCGAAUUACAGCACCAAGUGGGCAGAUCUCCAUCCGGAUUCCCAGAAACUUCUACUCCAAAUCGAGGAGCAGAUAUUGGAGUAUAGGGAUGAGAGCCAGAGGCUAGAUCAGUGUAGCCGCCUCUAUGAUUCCUCAGUAUCCAAUGAAGGGUUUGAGCUCGAUGCAGGCCUUAUCGUUCAGGAGCUUGGAGGGAUCAACACUGCCAUGGAAAGACAGAAAGCUCUAUUACAGGAGCUCAUGUUCAAUGUUAAAGAAAUGUUACGGAACACAGAGAUGGCUGUUCGUUCUUUCAUGAUGCUACGCCCUAGGUUCCUUCAUCCUAAUACAGGAGGUGGUUCAAAUGCCACUGCACCGUCCCAGCCUUCUGCUGGUCAACCAGCAUCUGCCUCCACUGUGCGAGUGUUUGAUUUCUACAGUGGGCUCCCUAAGAAACCAUCCCCAUUUAUACAGCAAACAGUUGUCAGAUUUGAGAAAUAUUUGGGUGAAUGCCGUCAGUGGAUUGAAGAGUUAGAGCAACUGCUUCUCUUAGAUUCUGAUGGGAACUCUUCUUACCCUGGAUCCUCAUUAUUGCAGUCUCUUCCAAAAGUCAUGUCAAAUGUGCAUGACUUUUUUGUUCAUGUGGCAUCUAAGGUGGAGAACAUUCAUCAGUACAUUGAAUCUAUGAAAACUGCCUAUCUUGCUGAUCAGCGCCGUCGAGGGGAUGUGAAUGAUCCAUUCCUUGAGGCUGAUCGUCGGGAAACAGCAAAACAAGAAGCUGCUGCUAAGCGGGUGCAUCCAACUUUGCAUUUGCCUGCAAGUUCACAGCCUUCAACACAGGUUGCUGGGUUGUUUACAGGCUCAGCAACUCCUGGAGCAUCAAUUGUUCCGCAGACAUCUGCAGCAACUGCAUCAGCUUCCUCGGGGAGUGGAUUCUCUCUUUUCAGUACACCUUCUACUACAGCUUCUUCCUCUUUGUCAUCAUCUUCUCUAUUUGCAACACCAACAGCCUCUGCUCCAGUAUCCUCUUUGUUUGGGUCAUCUGGUGCUUCCCCACAAGCUUCAUUUUUUGGCUCAUCAACACCAUUACUUGGUUCUGCUUCAACUCCUUCUUUGUUUAGCACUGCUGCAUCUUUUGGAUCUACUACUGCUGGAGGUUCCAUAUUUUCAACACCAUUUGCAUCAGGUGCUGCAACAGGAUCUGGGGCUAGCUUUGGUACAACAUCUAAACCAAGGCUAAAAUCUCGGACUGCCCGACGCUAAUCUCAAUGGCUUGAGGUGGUCAAAUAUUAAGCCAUCUUAUCUGCUCAAAUGAUUCACUGCAAAAGGAUCCUUAAGUUUCACGUAAUGACUUGAUUCCCUCAAAAUUAAUGGCCUCACUGCGGCUUCAUUUGCCCUUGGAUACUCUUAUUGGGUCCAAGAAAAUCUGCUUACUUAUCACAUGCUGCUGCAACAGAGCUUUCCAAAUCUGAUUCAUUCCUCUGGGCUGUAAAUGCUUCAUAAAGAUGGUGGAAGAUCAUGUUCCUGUAACUUUGUACAAUAAAUUUUAGAUAGAUGAUGUUUUCAAAUAUAGAUUAGUCUGAGAAAAACUAAUGUGGCAAGGCAUCAAACAUAUAGAAUUUUGCUCGGAUUGUUGCUUGGAUUUUGUUGCCAGUAGCCCAAUGAGCCUAGGCGUCAAGUUCAUAUGCUUCUACUCAACAGUUAGUUUUUCCAUUGGAUAGUUCACCUAACUACUAUUAAGUUACUUAUAAUAUGUUUACCUUAUUUUCUGAAAUAA